AUGGCCUUCAAGUUUUGCAUUCUCAUCACCGCAGCGCUGACUGCUGCCAGAGCGGGCGGCUUGGAAGGCGGGCUUUACGCUGCUGUCGCCCCGGCUUACGCCACCCCCAUUGCUGCACCCGUCGCCACAGCCGUGCAAGGUAGCUACAGCCCUCCACAGUACAGCUUCUCCUAUGGUGUGAACGAUCCCCACACUGGGGACAACAAGGAACAUCACGAGACUCGAAGCGGAGACGUCGUCCGCGGAAGCUACAGCCUGGUGCAGCCUGACGGAGUUCGUCGUACUGUGGAGUACAGCGCCGACGCUCACAAUGGCUUCAACGCCGUCGUGCACAAGACGCCUGCUGUGUCUUCCGCCCCUUUAGCCAAG